UCUGGUUUUUUAGCUACACUUUAGCAUUAAUUUCUCUCCUUCUUCCGAAUCUCCCGUGUUCUUGCAUAGUCCACUGCCAUGUCAUUAUACGUAUACUUCUGCAACUCUUUCUUAAUUUUUCUCUGCUUUCUCAUUCCUACAAUUAACUCAAUCUCCUUUAACAUACCUCGCUUUGAACCUCAGACCAGAAACAUCAUACUGGAAGGUGAUGCCCUGACUUCCACAGGUACCAAUGCCAUCCAAUUGAUCAACGAAGACGAAUUCAUUUGUCGUGUUGGUCGAGCUACUUAUGCCGAACAGAUACCCCUGUGGGACUCCACCACUGGAGAAGUCGCACACUUCACCACCCAUUUCACCUUUUCCAUCUAUAAAAGUACACCGACUGAGGGUGCUGGACUUGCCUUCUUUAUUGCUCCUGUUGGAUAUCCAAUCCCUCCGAAUUCAGCUGGUGGAUAUCUAGGCCUUUUUAAUACAACAACGACUCGUGAUACUUCUCGCAAUCAUAUCAUCCAUGUGGAAUUUGAUUCCUUUCCAAACAAAGAAUGGGAACCAGAUUAUGAACAUGUGGGGAUUAAUAAAAAUUCCAUCCAGUCUGCUGUUGUGGCCUUUUGGAAUGCUACCUUACAUAGUCAGGAAACUGGUAACGCUUGGAUCACUUAUAAUGCUACUAGUAAGAAUCUCAGUGUGUAUUGGACAUAUGAUAAGAAUCAUGUGUAUCAAGGCGAAUCUCUUCUUUCAUACCAAGUUGAUUUGAAACAGAUUUUACCAGAAAGGGUUACCGUAGGAUUCUCCGCUGGUACCGGUGUGACUACUGGGCGGCAUAUUCUUUUUUCUUGGGGUUUUAAUUCAACCUUGGAAGGUCGGGAAAAAAAAGUACCAAAUGUCAAAAUGAUUGUUGGAUUAUCUGUUUUUGGAACUGUUCUAGUAGUUCUUGCUUUACUUGUGGUAUGGCUGAUAAGGUCGAAAAGACAAAGGUCUAGAAGAAGGAAGGAAAAGGUUAACUUCACAUCUGACUUUGAAAGAGGAGCUGGUCCAAAGAGGUUCUUGCUUAGAGAAUUGGUUUCUGCUACAAACAACUUCUCGCAGGAAAGAAAACUAGGAGAAGGUGGCUUCGGAGGCGUCUAUAGGGGAUUCAUAAAUGAAAUGGAUUUGGCAAUUGCAGUGAAGAAAAUCUCUAGGGAAUCUAGACAAGGUCAGAAGGAGUACAUAACUGAGGUCAGGAUCAUCAGUCGAUUGAGACACCGGAAUUUGGUGCAGCUCAUUGGUUGGUGUCACGAGAGUGGAGAGUUUCUACUUGUUUAUGAAUUGAUGCCUAAUGGUAGUCUAGGUUCUCAUCUGUUCGGCCGAAGAGCCCCUCUUGCCUGGGCUGUCAGAUACAAAAUUGCGCUUGGGUUAGCCUCUGCACUGCUUUACCUUCAUGAAGAAGGAGAGCAAUGCGUAGUCCAUCGCGAUGUCAAAUCAAGCAACAUAAUGUUGGAUUCAAAUUUCAAUGCAAAGCUCGGUGAUUUUGGUCUAGCUCGGCUCAUGGAUCAUGAACUAGGUCUCCAAUCAACUGGGUUAGCUGGGACUUUAGGCUACUUAGCACCAGAGUACAUAAACACGGGAAAGGCAAGUAAAGAAUCUGACGUGUUUAGCUUUGGGGUAGUGGCUUUAGAAAUUGCUUGUGGGAGAAAAUCAGUUGAUCGUAUGGAAGAGGUUUCUGAUGUAGGCUUAGUUGAGUGGGUUUGGGAUCUAUACGGCAGAGAUGCAAUUUUGGCCGCGACAGACCAUAAACUAAGCCUGGAGUUCGAUGCAAACCAAGCCGAAUGUUUGAUGGUUGUUGGGUUAUGGUGUGCACACCCUGAUCGAAGUUUCAGACCAUCGAUGAGACAAGCAAUUCAGGUACUUAACAUGGAAGCAAGUAUUCCUAAUCUUCCGACAAAAAUGCCCGUUCCUUCCUAUCAUGUACCUGAAUUAGAUCUUAUUUCUAGUGAACCAACUUCUAUCACUAGUACAAGCAUUGACAUGGGUCGCUAAAUUCAGACUCAAUUAAAACUGUUGGUCUUGUCAGCUUUCAGCCGCUAUUUAUGUGUGUAUUUAUUAGAAUGGUUUGGGUGUAAAACUUUCCUGUGUGAGUUUUUCGGGGUUGAUUACGUAGUCGAAUUUGGACUUUUGCUUUUAAUAUGUACCCAGGUUUUCACUA